AUGAGUAAUGAAUAUUUUGAAAUUGAUUCUUCUGUGAGUGCAAAUAAUUUUCUUGAAGAAACUGAUACUCUCACAAGAUUUAACUCAAUUGAAAAAAACUGGAUAAAAUUUGUGGAUAUAAAAGCACAAUUCAUCAAUAAUUCACAGAAUCCGAUUAUUAAUCCUGUUCAAAUCAACAAUGAAGGUGUUAGUCUCAAUAAUUUGAAUAGUUACUAUAAUGAAUUGUGUAAAAGAAACCCAGUUGUAAGAAAAGGAAAAGGUGCUCCAUUGAGAAAAGAGAAAAGGAAAAGCUCUAUUGAAACAUCACAAAAAUCACAUAGACUAAAAAAUCAAAAGGUAGAAGGUGUAAACAUAAAUCAA